AUGCCAUUUUUAAUUAUCGGUGUUGGCUCGGACGACGUUUUCAUUAUUAUUCAUGCCAUGCGCAAAACGAAUAAGAGGAUGUCUCUUGAAGACCAAAUCGCGGUAACUAUGGAAGAAGCUGGACCAUCUAUCACAGUCACAUCGCUAACCAAUAUCCUCUCGUUUGCAAUUGGUAUUUUAACACCAACACCUGCGAUUUCCAUUUUCUGCCUUUACACUUGUGUCGGCCUUGCUGUGGACUUCGUGUACCAGCUCACCUUCUUUGUGGCAGCCCUCGUCUAUGAGGAGAUUCGGAUUACUGAGCCAGAAAAACCUCCUAUCUCGAAUAAGGCAAGCUCGGAGGAUGUCAAUAUUCACCUCCGAGAUGUUUCCAAAGAAAAAAUGAUCGGAUGUAGAGAAUUCUCUGUGCGAUGUCUAGCUGGAGGAGUGCUCUGA